GAUGAAGAAACAAGGUAUCAUGAGUAAAACUGAUUAAUAUGCUGAAUUCACUUACAGACCAAAUGCAACUAGUCCUCCAUCUAUGUAAGAAUUCUAUGAAUCUGUUAUUAAUGGAAUCAUUAAAAGAUUUUAAUUAGGUUUAUAUUAAGGUGAAUAUCCAUAUUAUAAUGAAUUAUAAAGUUGUUUACAUGAAUUCAUUAGAUUAAUGAACUUCAAAUCAGAAAUAUUGGUGGAAGUCUUUUAAUCAAUAACAAAUUUGAAUUUAAGCAAAGAAACAUUUCCUAAUGUUGUUGUACCUUGUGCAUCUUGUGGUAUGUUUAUCUAUAUUGUAUAACAUUGUACUAUCUGUUAUUCUGCAUUUUAUUGUGAUAAAACAUGUUUGAAGAAUGGUAGAUAAAAACAUGAAUCAGAAUGUUAAUAAGCUAAAAUGACUCCUUCAAUUAUUUACCCAUUAUAAGUGGAAAUACAUUGUGGUAGUUCAUUAGGUGAUGAUGUGAAAAUAUAUUUUCAACAUGAAAGAAAACUAUCUUUAUUAUAUAGAGGUUAGAAGUUUUUGAAUUCUAUGUACAAAAUUUUACUUAAAAAUCGUUGGCUAAAGAAUAAUGGUUAUAAUAUAAUUGAAAAUGAAACUUCUAUUUAAUUAUAAAGUACCAAAAAAAUUGAUAUGAAACCUACUGAAGAUUAAGGUGAUCCUAAUUACUCAGAUGAAGAUUUAUAUUUAAAAAUGCCUUGUGUUCAAGAAAUCAAAGUAAUUUUUUUAAAUUAAGGAGCCAUUUUACAAGAUAUCAUCAAAGAAACUUACAAUUUACAAACAAAUUUUAUUCAUAUAUAUUAUUUUCCUAUUUGA